AUGGAACAUCUUUCGGAACUUCACUUAACACAGGGACGAACCAAUAAAUUGGUAGACAGCUGUUACUCGUUUUGGCAAGGUGCCGUAUUCCCGAUCGUGGAGGAAUUGUGCAGCUUGAACAAAGACCCCGCAUUGUGCGAUGACGAAACUCUGUUCAACCCUGCAGCUCUGCAAAAAGUUUCCUACACCCGGGCCGGACUUAGCGUUCCUAGCACACCUCCUUCAGAGACAAACACGGCUAGCAACGGUCUACGAAGUACCGAUUCGGACAGUUGGAACGUAGACAGCGGUGGUGGUCUGAUUGAUAAGCCAGGAAAAUAUCCAGACUGUUACCAUACAUGUUAUGCACUGAGUGGUUUGAGCAUUGCUCAGCAUGCACCGCGACCCCGACCGACACCAGCUGGAGAUUCAGUCAAACCGGACGGUCCUGAGUAUAAGCCCCGACUCCUCCAAUCCGUCGGUUCCCCCAAUCCCGUCGCAGCUGUGGAUCCAUUGUGUGCCGAACUGAUUGAUUUAGAUCCGUUGCACAAUGUACUGCAUGAUGGUCUGGCAUUUGCACUGACUUACUUCAGCCGAUUAGACGCUGGUCUGUCACCAACAGAGGCCGAGCGUUGCGCAGUCGAAGCGAUGGAGAAACACUGUGCUCCGGUUCAACCGGUCACUGUGCGCCCCGCUGAAUCAAUGGACUGUGCAAUAGUACAAGAAGUUGGAGACACGACUCAGGAUGAUGCAUAA